AAAAUGCAAGCUAUACUUACGUUCUCUGCUUCAAGACCUAAGCUAUCUUUUUGCAAAUAUGAAUCUAGAGUUUGCUAUAGAAAAUAGGGGAUCCUGAGUUUUUGAUUAUUGGGAAAAUUGAGUGGAGGAGAUGGGUUGUUUCUCGUGUUUUGAUUCGAGUGAUGAUGACGAGAAGCUGAAUCCAGUUGAUGAAUCUAAUGGUCAGAAGAAACAAUCACAACCGACAGUAUCCAAUAAUAUUUCUGGACUUCCUUCAGGUGGGGAGAAGCUUAGCUCAAAGACCAAUGGAGGAUCAAAAAGGGAGCUACUGCUUCCAAGGGAUGGGCUUGGACAAAUUGCUGCUCAUACAUUUGCUUUCCGCGAGCUUGCUGCUGCAACUAUGAACUUUCAUCCUGACACUUUCUUAGGCGAAGGUGGAUUUGGACGUGUGUACAAAGGAAGGCUUGACAGCACCGGUCAGGUUGUUGCUGUUAAACAACUGGACAGGAAUGGUCUACAAGGUAACAGAGAAUUUCUGGUAGAGGUUCUUAUGCUCAGUCUUCUUCAUCAUCCCAACUUAGUCAACCUUAUUGGUUACUGUGCUGAUGGAGAUCAACGCCUCUUAGUUUACGAGUUUAUGCCGUUAGGAUCAUUGGAAGAUCACCUCCACGACCUUCCACCGGAUAAGGAGGCCUUAGAUUGGAACAUGAGAAUGAAAAUAGCUGCUGGUGCGGCGAAAGGAUUGGAAUUUCUACAUGAUAAGGCAAACCCUCCGCUCAUUACUGGUCGCAAAGCUAUAGACAGCGAGAUGCCUCAUGGAGAGCAGAACCUGGUGGCUUGGGCUCGCCCAUUGUUCAACGACAGGCGAAAGUUCAUAAAACUGGCUGAUCCAAGGUUAAAAGGGCGGUUUCCAACACGUGCACUCUACCAAGCUUUAGCUGUGGCUUCAAUGUGCAUCCAAGAGCAGGCGGCUACACGUCCUCUCAUAGCAGAUGUUGUCACUGCACUCUCUUAUCUUGCAAACCAAGGUUAUGAUCCAAGCAAAGAUGACAGUAAGAGAAACCGAGAUGAAAGAGGGGCGAGGUUAAUAACAAGAAACGACGAUGGAGGUGGCUCGGGAAGUAAAUUCGACCUAGAAGGUUCCGAGAAAGAAGAUUCUCCGAGAGAGACAGCUCGGAUAUUGAACCGAGAUAUCAAUAGGGAGCGUGCGGUUGCAGAGGCUAAAAUGUGGGGAGAGAGCUUGAGGGAGAAACGAAGACAGAGCGAGCAGGGUACUUCAGAGAGCAACAGUACCGGGUAGAACCGGUUUGGGUCUUGACCCUUUUUUGUUCUUAUUUCUCAGACUCUCAUUUAUUGUCAAACAUAGAAAACAAACAAAAACAUUGGGACCACGAGUUGCUGUACAUUAUAUAUGUGAUGUUGCAAUAUGGGCAAAAGGUUAAUAACCAAAACUCUCUAAUUGAGAUUCUGGAGAGUUGUGAAGAUCAUUCAUGUAAAUUUUGUAGUCUUUCUAUUUUGAUUUGGGAUUUUGACAGAUAAGAUAAUGUUUGAUGAUGCGUCACAUGUGGCGAUGUUUACGUCUGAUGGAAGAUUAAAUUGCAAAGAUCCAA